GCGUGCAAAUUAAAAGCGCACACCAGUAGCACCAGCAGCUGCAGAUCACCCAACCCAAUAUGGAAGUGGCCACAACAAACAAUCACAGUCAGAGCCAUCACCAUCAUCAUCAUCAUCAUCAUCAUCUGCAGGCGGGAGGAGGAGGAGGAGGAGGAGGUGUAGCCACCACUGGAAGUGGCUCCAGAUCCCCCUUUCAGCGCGAGGUGCGUGAAUGGCAACGCAUCGAUCCCAAUACCGGAGCCCUCUUCAGCGGACGCCUCGAGGCAGACCGCUGGGUAAAUGGACCGCUGAACAGCUACGGCAAGAUAUCCGACUCCCAAAACAUCUCACAGCCGAAUGGCACACAGCACACACAGCGCAAACAGUUGGAGGUGCUGAAGGCUCGCACCGCCAACGGCGCCAUGCAGGUGAUCCGCACCCAGACAGUACAAAAGAGUUCAUCCUCCUGGGCAUCCUCCACCUCCACCACAACCACAUCCACCACCCACCGCACAGGCAAUGGCAAGAGUGUCCUCCACGAUUCGCCUCUUAGGCCCAGUUCUCCCCCCUCCCAGAUUUCCCAGGGUGUUGACAUUUGCGAACUGAGCGAUGAUUGCAGUCUCAGUGGCAGCGAUGUUGGCAUCGUACGUACCGCCUCCGCAUCUGCAACUGCAUCUGCAUCUGCAUCCGCAUCCGCAUCUGCAGUGAGCCAGGAGCUCAUCGACGAUCAUGUUGAUUUUGUGGUGAUUAAUGGCGAGACGAGCGAUCAAGACGACGACGAGCAUUUGCACAAAGUCGGCCACAAUUUGUCUGAUACGGCUCCAAGUCUGAAAUUGAGUAAUCUAAUGAAAAGCAGCUCGAGCAUUUCCAGCCAGAGCAGCAACAAUUCAAACUUAACAACUGCAGCAGCGCAGGCGAGCGGCAACACCCACAGAAGUGCGGGUAAAAUAAGCCUACAUGCAAUUGUCGGGCCAGAAUCAUCGCCGCCAUCAUCAUCAUCAUCAUUAUUUCCAUCAUCAUUAUCAUCAUCAUCCGCCUGGGCCAACAAGCCGUCCGACUUAUAUGGCCAACUCCCAGGUCGCGUGGGCGGAUCUGGUACUGGUACUGGUGCUGACGUAGCUGCGACCACGCCAACGCAGCGUCGUGAUUUGGAAAGUUUCCGGCAUUAUAACGAUGACGAUGGCGAUGGCAACGACAACGACGACGACGAGCUGCGGCUCACCGCCCGUCAUCAGCGUCGCCAGCAGGUGUCCCAGUCUGUGUACGCUCCGCCCCUGUCCGCACUUGGUCUCGGAUCCACGCUGCUCCAGCGCUCUCGAUCCAUUUCCACGGAUGAUCUCAGCAACGACUGGGAGCGCGAGGAGCCCGGCGAGCAGCCGGUGGGCGAGUGGCGGCGUGUCAGCAAGCUGCGGCGCUCCUUUCAGUCCCAAGAUCAUUACAAGAGUCCGGGAUCUCGACCUCGACCUCUAGAUCUCCCAGGCAGCUCGGUGAGUGUGGCCCGUCUGCGAGCGGAGCUGGAGAACGGUCGUCGUCUCAACACGGCCAUGCGGAAUAAUCACGUGGAUCUGGCUGCCCUGGACAAUAUCCUUAACACACCCAAGCCUACGGUGGCCAAACGGAAUACCUUUCUCACCGCCGAGUCUCUGCAGGAGAUUCGUGGCAAACUGAAGAAGCUCUCCGACGAGAGUCUAUACAAGGAGGACUUCCUGGCCUAUCAUCAAAAGAAACCUCUGGUGCGAGAAGUGUCCGUGGAGAAGGCAACUCCCCUGCCGCCAGCACCCUCAGCCUUCCGGGCUGUGCACAACACCCAUAGCUUGGAAUCCCGUCAGCGGCAAAAGGACACCAGUUCGAGUGAGUGGCAUCUGCGUCGCAAGUCCUACGGCUUUGAGAAGAUGUCGCCACCGGAAGAUAAGAGUAUCUUCCGGGUAGACGCCUCCACGGAUAGUGUUGGUAGAUCCGGCGAACAGCUGGGCAACUGGUCGCCCACGGAGCGAAAUGCAGCCCAGCAGCAAAAUGGUGGAACUGUCAUCCACUUUGGACGAACUGCAAAGCCCAUCCAGGCACCAAGUUCUCCGGACUCUCUCUCCGGGGAGCUGAGUAAACGCCACUCGAUAGCCGUGGAGGAAACCUGGCGUGAUGUCCGCAAGACCUCGCAGGUUCAAGUGAAUGGCACCACCACCACCACCACAACCACGACGAACUCCAGCAGUCAUCUCCAGCGGGGCAAUGCCCAGAAGCGUGUGGAAUUCUGCAAGACGGAGGUGCACUUUGCCGCCGAGUCCGGUCGUGUUAAUAUUGUGGAAACAGAUGGUAAGCCACCGCCUACGCAAAACUUUCGACGACGCCGUCGCACAGCCAGCGGUCCGUUGCAGAGUCUGGUCAAGUCGGCCAGUGCCGGGAGCAGCAAUAGCUCCUCUACCCAAAGCCAAGAUGUGACCCACUUUGGUGAUGAUUCGCAACGCCGCAAGACAAUAGCCACCAGCACGGUGGCCUAUCGCGCCACUCUGAUGGAUCCACCCGAGGUGGUUACUCAGCCGACAUCUACCAACGGUGUUGGCCCCAGCAUAGCCACCCAGGUGACGGUAACCACUGUGCCCAAGCCAGUGCAUGAGCCACGCUAUAGCCUAAUGGAGUCCACGUCCCGGAAUAGUUAUACCUCCACCAGUGGAGUGGACACCACGGACAAUGAGACCGAUGAGCUGUCCAAUAUUCGUGGUAUUCUUAAGAACAAACCUGUAAAACCGAAGCCUUAUCAUUUAGGCGAAAAUAUUGAGAGUGCGGAUGUCCUGUGGAGUGUGCCGGCCAUGAAAGCAGAUCGAGAGAGUCCUUCCUCAUCCAGGGAGAAUGGAACCACAAGUGAUUCCCCCAUUUCUAGUAAAUCGGUGGCCGAACGCAUUCGCAUUGUGGAGCAACGACAGCAGCAGCAACAGAUUUCGCCCGCUGGCAAUGGAUACUCCACCAAGAUCAAUGUGAGCCUGGGCUCCGAGGAGUGGCCAGAAUCAGGUAGGUAUCACCCCCAUCGACAUCCCGCAACACAUCAUAUCCUGCGUCGUCCCAGUGCCCAGGAGCUGUUGUUAGAGGAUCUUCGCCAGCAUCAGCGUAUCCUGGACGAGGGAUUGAAGUCCACUUCACUGAUCAUGAGGACCAUGCGCUCAGCCAGCGAGUUCGAUGAAGCAAUGCGUCGUCUGAGUAUAGCCUCCAUUGAGUCGGCCUUGGCCCAACCCACAAUUGUGGUGCCCACGCCCAUGCUUCGCUCUCACAGUUACCAGGAGGAAGGAUCCUACUCCACGCAGCGUCGACCCUCUACCAUGUCUACCGUCUCCACCACUUCAAUAACGAGCAGCGAUCUCUUUGGAAGCGCUCUAUAUGAUUCCCUGCCACGUAAUCCUGUGGCUCCACCACGCUUAAAGCUUUUGGGGAACACCCAGAUCCCAGUGAGCCAGCAGCUGACCCAACUGAGGAGAUUAUACGAUGCUGCCGAGCAGGAUCAUGAUCAGGAUUUGGAUCAAGAGGACAGUGCAGAUGAGGAGGUGAAGCGAUAUUUCCGGGACAACAAUAGCGACAGUGGUGGAGGCACUCAAGCCAGCUCCUCACCCGAACCACCACCGGUGGAACCCUUCCGAGGCAGUGAAUACUCAAGCAGUUGGAGUCGGUUGAAGGCCAAGCGAACGAUCUGGAAGAUUGAGGCACAGGAUCAGAUGCUGCAGCGUGCAGAUCUACCCAAAUCGAAUGUGAUGAAUAUAGCACUCCAUGCUCCCCGAGUGGAAAAACCCAAGGCCACACCUCCAACCCUGCGUAUUGGUCAGCUCAUACCAGUGGCCAAGCCAAGGACUCUAUUCAUUCAACCGCAAAUACAACAGACAAUGAGUCAACCAGUUGAAACUCCCGAUGAAUCCAGCAGCGAGUCCUUAAAGAUUGUCAAGGAAGCACGUGGAGCUCGCAAGUUACGUGAACACGAACUCUCCUAUUUUGGAGUCCAACAACAGCAGCAGCAGCAAACGAAACUCUCAACGAUCUCCUCGAAUCCCAGGAGGACUCUACCCAGCAGGAGCAAGGCCAACCAUAAUGAAGAGACCAAGGGUACAACCACAAAGACCACCACCAGGUGGCAGCUACUCAGCGAUCGACCCGACCUAUUGCGACACAGCAGUCCCCAGCAAAAUGGACACGACGAGGAACUGGAAGAAGAUGAAGAGCACUGCUAUGAGAAUAUUGCCAACAUCGAUAUGACCCCCACUUUCCGCGUAAAGUCACCUGUCCAUUCGCCAGAACGAACCCGAUCCCCCAAUAGCUAUGAGCGCAAGACCGACCUGCAAAGGGAUGCCCAGAUCCUAAGCGAAAUGACUCGAAACGCUGAUCAGACUUUGAAGGCUCUCUCCGAAGAAGCGGCCAUCAAGGAUCAGCGGCGCCGAUCUUGCUCCCUGCAGCGUCGCAGUGCCAAGCCACUGGAAACCAUUGACGAAAAGGUAAAGGUCUAUCCACCUCCAACGUUAGGCGUGGCCCGUGGCACCUUUGCGUCGGAGGCACGUCGCAAUUCCAGGCAAUCCACACCUUCGCCAACCCGAGCCCGCAGCUCAUCGGUAUCCUCCGUUGAGUGUUGUCCCCGUGACCGAUCCCGUUCCAGUUCCCGGGAAUCAAUGACCCAUGGUGGCGGUUCUUCCGAUGACCAAGUGGCCACCAAGCAUCGUGCCGAACGUCUGCGACUGCGAACACCCAAGCGAGAGAAGUCCCGCCAUGAGCCGCUCGAGGUGCGCUCCAAGCCGAGAUCAAGCGUCACUCAGGCAACAUCCUCUCUGGAAUCGAAACGGAGUUCCCAUAGUCACAGUCGUCAUGGUCAUAGCCGGGAUGUGGAACACUCUGGCGAGAGUAAGACCACAUCCGGUAGCCGCUUGAUGAGAUCUUCCCGGACGGCCGACGAGAGUCGCUCGCGGCAGAGCGGCCAGCGAGAGCGAGAGAAGGAACGAGAGCGUUCCCGAGGCAGUGAGAAGCACCGAGAAGAGCUCUCGCGUUCCAGGGGUCACUCCAGUCGCUCUAGGCACAGUGAGCACUCGUCGGCGGGAACCCGGGAUAGCGGCAGCAGUCGACCAAGUAAGACGAGAUCAAGUCGCACCAGUAGCCACGAUAAAAAGUCCAGCACAACGACAACAACGACAGGCACAUUAGCCACAUCGAAAUCAUUGAAAUCAUCAUCGAAAAGCACAGCGCAUAAAUCAUCAUCCUCCUCCGCAGCAGCAUCAGCAUCAGCAGCAGCCGCAACAGUAGCAGUAGCAGCAAGCACAACAGCACCAAGCACCACACAGCACAACGAACUGACGUACGUAUACGUAACGAAUACGAAUUUAACCAAAACACAAGACAGCUUCAGUAGCAGCAAAUUACCUGAAGGAGAAUCGCCAAAGGAAGCAGAUUAUGCCAGCAUUGAGGAGACGGAGAUCCCUUCGGAGAUCACUCCACAACCACCGCCGCGUAGCAAACGCAAACGAUCCCUAAUCCCUGUGCCCGUGGCAACCACACCCAGCUAUGAGUAUCGCACCAAGUUGGAAAUGAUUCCACCCAGCUACUCCAAUCAGUCCACGCUCCGUUGCCGCAGCAACCGCCGGAAACCCUCCCUGAAGGCCACCCAGUCGACCAGCUCCAGUUUUGCCUUCCUGCCCUACCUGCCCGCCAAGCGGAACUCAAGUGUGAGCCAUGUUUAUGACAAUUACCUGCUGUACGCCACCAGUGAGGAGGCCAAGAAGCUGCGUCCAUAUCAGAAUAAUCUCAGCAAUGAUCAUGCCCAGCUCUUUGGCGGAGGAGGAGGAGGAGGAGCUGGAGCGGGAGCAUGGACUGGGACAAGGAAACAGGCGGAGCGAGGACGUUUGGGUGGCUGGCCAAAGCGUCUGAGGAUGCGACAAGUGCGCAGCAGUGUGUCCACGCAUCAGCCCUUCGGCAUCUGCACAUGUUCAUAGUCAGCCUUGGACACAGAGCCCAGAAAAUACACACAGAGAAAAUUAAACAGAGUACCUGUUCGCGGACCAAGCACCCACAACAAAAAUAUACAAAUAAAUAAUAAUCCACCAAGUGCACGAAAUCGUUUGAAUGCGAAAACCGAACAUUUUUAUCCUAACCAAUAUCCACACCCAAUCACUGUGUUCCCUACUAAUACUAGACCUCUUAUAUUAUUUAUUUCGGAGAGCGCACACAAACCAA